AUGGAUGUUCGAGAUGAAAUUGACAUGAACAAGCUACAAAAUCCAACGAAAAGCAAAAAUACUGCAAGAUCUAGUGAAGAGCCAAAAAUCGGCACUGAAAAGCAAUCAGAUAUGACAAAAACUGGACAAUACCAAAUUGAGAAUGAAAUUGAAACUGAAACUGAAAAGCAAAUAGACAAAGUCCAUGAAGGAGAUGGGAAGGCAUCUACAACUUCUGAGACAGAAGUUCAAAAAUCAUUGAGAGAAGAAGAAGACAAAUCUUCAUCAAAAUCCCAGCCUGAAGUUACUGAGAAUUCUUCAUCAAAAUCCCAGUCUGAAGUUCAAAAAACAUCAAGGGGCAACAUGUUAGUGAAACAACUUUUAGCAAAGAGCAUAAAGCAGAACAACAAAAAAAAGGCUGCGGCAAUGGUAGCUGCAGCUGCUGCAAAAGCCAGCAAAGAAGCUGAGGAAAGGAUAGCUACACCUGCUGUAGCUGCACAAAUAGGAGCUGAGAAAAGGGCACCUGCUGCUGAUGCAGAAGCCAAAAGAGUCGCCGAGGAAAAGGCAUCUCCAGCUGAGAAAGAAGCCAAAAGACUGGCUGAGGAGAAGGCAUCUGCAGCUGAUGCAGAUGCCAAAAGAGUGGCUGAGGAAAAGGCAUCUGCAGCUGACGCAGAAGCCCGAAGAUUGGCUGAGGAAAAGGCAUCUACAGCUGAUGCCGAAAGAGAAGCUGGGAAGAAAGAAGCUGAAAACAAGAGGAUGGAGGCUAAUAAGAAAAAGGAAGAAGAAGAUAAAGCUGAAGCAAAGAAGAAGGAUAUUGAGGAAAGAAAGAAAGAAUAUGAAGAUAAAAUGAGUCAGGUUAUUGCUAAAAACAACAAAGAGUUGAUAGAGGAAGCGGAAAGGAAAGAAGCUGAGAGAAAGGAAAGAGAAGCUGAGAGAAAGAAAAAAGAAGAUGAUGAUGCCACAAAAGCAAUUGCCAAGGUGGUUGAAAAUGUAAAUGCUUCAGAGAGUGCAGAUCCAACCAAUGGUGGUAAUGGAACAAGAAAAUGA